CCAUGUGUGGCCGGAGCGCUCCGUGCGCCGCGCUGCUUCUGCUGGGCGCGCAGCUGGCAGCGGCUGUGGAGAUUUACACCUCCCAAGUGCUGGAGGCCGUCAACGGGACCGACGUCCGCUUAAAAUGCACUUUCUCCAGCUUUGCCCCCGUCGGUGAUGCUCUAACAGUGACCUGGAACUUCCGUCCUCGAGAUGGGGGCCCUGAGCAGUUUGUCUUCUACUACCACGUGGAUCCCUUCAGCCCCAUGAGUGGACGGUUCAAGGACCGGGUGGUCUGGGACGGGAACCCUGAGCGGUACGACGCCUCCAUCAUGCUCUGGAAGCUGCAGUUUGAUGACAACGGGACGUACACCUGCCAGGUGAAGAACCCGCCUGACGUGGACGGGCUGAUCGGGGAGAUCCGGCUGAGUGUCGUGCACACCGCGCGCUUCUCUGAGAUGCACUUCCUGGCUCUGGCCAUCGGCUCUGCCUGCGCUCUGAUGGUCAUGGUAGUGAUCGCGGUCGUCCUGGUCCAGCAUUUCCGGAAAAAGCGAUGGGCCGAGAGCGCUCACAAAGUGGUGGAGAUGAAACCAAAAGAAGAGGAAAGGCUCAACGGGGAAAAAAAGGUCUCUGUUUAUUUAGAAGACACAGACUGAGAUUCUCAGAUGGAAGCCGAAGAGUCCCAAGGACGAGAACCCUGGGAUGCGCUGAAGUUAACGUGAGCUUUUCUUUGGCUUUCCCGGUCGUGACCUGUCCUCCGGCCAGCCCUGCAGUCCCUGACCUCCCAGAAGCCUCAGUCUCUCUCCGGAGCCUGCACGGGCCCGGGCCUCUCGAGCAGACACCGGGAGACUCACACGCAGCCCGUUAUUAGGGUUUUAUUUAAUUUCAGAGCACAAAUAUUUUUCAAAUGCUCAUGAGAUUUUUAUCCUGAGAAGCUACAUUUUUGCCCUUAAACACUCCUUGUGGGUUAUUAAUCGUAUGCACACCCACUGGUAUCUUGUCUGUCACUCUUCCGUUACUGUAUUCGUUUUCCUAGGGCAGCAUUCUUGCUACGAAAGUUAAUGCGUUUACUGUUUUCUUCUCACUCUCAAGUAAAAGGUGAGCUAAGCCUCCCAGCCAUUUUUGACUGAUUAACAGGAAACCCUAAAUCCAAACUGUUGAAGAACGGAGUGAUUUUUACGGCUCUCCUUAAGUGUGGGACCUGUCGUGGUUUUAUUGAACUUCUUUCAGCAUCCUAGUUGAUUGUUUUUGUUGAUCCAACGUUUAAAUUAGCACCAAUCUGAAUCACAGAGUAGCUAGAAGAGUUUACAUAAAUGCUUUUGGAUGGUCAGAUGCCACCUCGGGACGAAUCGCUUGUCCCCCUUUUUCCUUGUGGUCUGAGAAAACAGCCCACGGAGCAAGUCUUCCAUGGGCAGUGAGGGCCCUUCUGCUUACUGUUCAGUUGUAACAACAGAGCAAAACGCAUGCUUCAUUCGCGGACUGGAAUCAUUAAUCAGUUAAUGCAGAGGAUCUUGCAAUAGCGUAUUAUGACUGUAAAAAUUUAGGGCUGGUGAAAAAAUCCCUAAAUGAUGAUAAUUUUGUACAGUGUUAUAUAAAGCUCUGAGAACUGGA